AUGCCGCCCACUCCAGCAUCUGCUCAUUUAGAAUCCAGCUCACGGGAUAAUACCAAUAUAAGCGCUGGCCACCACCGAAAGGUACGCAAGGGCACUCGUAGCUGCUGGGAAUGCAAGCGCCGCAAACUCAAGUGCUCGUUUUCCACGCCUGCAGAUUCUGUCUGUCAGGCAUGUCGCAGGCGGGGAACCAGCUGCAUCAGCCAAAGAUACCCGGAGGAGAUCGCAAUUGCUGCAUCAUCAUCUUCAUCUCCCUCCUUGGAGCGUGACCGAAUAGUGCGUGUGGAAGCGCUUGUAGAGCGCUUAGCUAGAAAGAUAGGUAUAAAUGAUGGCCUCAUAGGGAACAACAUGGCCGCAAAUGACGGCAUGAUGAGAGCUACUUCGUGUGAUUCGAGUUCGAGAGUUGACCCGAACAUAAACGCAACUGGGUUGAAUGUAAGUUUGGAGAGUGCAGAGCAUACAAGUUCAGCCUCCUUGCCUAUGAUACCAUCGCCAGCAAUUGGCUCUGGCCCCAUUUUUAAUAAAAAAACGCUCUAUGAUGAUAUAUCGGCCACCCUGCACGCCGCCUUGCCCCCUCAUGAAGAUAUCCAUAUCAUUAUUGAGGCAGGUAUUGACGUUUCUCUACACAAAGUGAUUACAGUUCCUUACGCAAUACUGGAAGCCCAAGAACCUGGGGUUUUCAAGGGAAGCCUGGCCAAUAUACCUUCACCAACGACUCAUCCCGUUCUGCUUGCAAAGUAUAUACUCGUCCUCGCCACGUGUCUGCAGUACUUUCAUCCAGAGAUUCACAAAGAAGAAAUCCAGCGCCUCUCCGAGCAACCACGCCAACUCAUAUGUCGUCUCACUGACAUAGUGUCCGCGCUAGUGACUAGAAACGAUGAACUGUUGGACUCCAUUGAGAGCCUUGAGUGCAUCAUGCUUGAAUCAAUGAUCCAGGCUAAUAGUGGUCAUCUUCGCCGUGCCUGGCUUAUAUGUCGACGCGCGAUGCUGGUAGCUCAAAUGAUGGGCUUACAUCGCAGAUUUAUUUACCAGCCAUUCAAAGUCCUUGAUGUCUCCCAAACGGUCUAUCCGAAUUUUUUCUGGUUUCGUAUAGUCUGUACUGAUCGCCAGCUGUGCCUACUGCUCGGCCUUCCCCAAGGAUCGUUAGAUGUUAGCAUGGCUUCCACUGCAGCCUUAGAAGGUGAUACUGUCGAAGGCGUCUUUGAGCGCAAACAGUGCGUCAUUGCUGCCCGCAUCCUGCAGCUAUAUGAGUCAACUGAGUCUCCUUCCAUGAACAGCCUGGAAACGUUGUAUGAGAUCGAUGCAGAUCUACAGACUGCCGCCAACGAGAUGCCGAAUAGAUGGUGGCUGGUGCCUAAUCUGGCCAGCGUCGUGCAUGAUUCGAUAAAGACCUUUUCGGAGACUAUCCGUCUAUUUGACCAGAUGCUCUACUUUAAUCUGUUGAACCUCCUACAUCUGCCGUACAUGCUACGAUCGCGGGCGCAGGCAAAUGGCAAUUCUGAGACUGCGGCUAAGUACAAUAAGAGCAAGCUAGCAAGCACCAAUGCGUCCCGUGAGCUGUUAACUCGGUUCAUCAUGUUCCGAUCCUUUAACCGCGUUGCAUACGCUCUUCGAUCCAUUGAUUUCUUUGCGCUUGUUGCAUCCAUGACGCUACUUAUCGCUCAUCUUGAGGGGCAUCGCCAACAGCGCCAAUACCAACAAAACAGUGGGGAUUACAACUUGCUUGCACACCAGCGGAAUAGCGAUAGAGCUAUGGUUGAACAAGUCUUGGAAACCAUGCAAGGCGUUGCAAAGCUUAAUACCGAUGCCCUCAGCGAACGUGCUUCCGAUCUGCUAAAGAUGAUACUUGCCUUCGAGAGUGAGGCAGCUAAAGGGAAUGGGGGGAAUGGUUUUGCUUCCUCAACCGUGAUACCCGAGCUGCAGGUAGGCUCCGCCGUAACGGAAACGGAAGACGGGAAAUUUCUGCGAUUGGAUAUCCCGUAUUUUGGCACUGUGAGGCUAAAUCGCGAGGGUGUAGUUUCUAUGGAGAAAUGCGUAGAAGAUAUCCCGUCACUAUUACCACAAUUUCAACUUCCACCGCCAUCAUCGGCUCAACAACCGAGGAAUAAACCCCCUGAAUUAUCCAGUGAUGACUCCUUGCCAGAUACCUCAUCCACUCCCCAGACCCAUCCCUUAGCGCUAGGGACAGCCACCCUUCCUUGUCCCUCGUCCUCCGCGCCUAUACUGCCAACAUCACCGACACUGGCUGCAGUGUCUGAUUUGCAGCAGUAUACAUUACAAUUACCGACCACCAUUGACGACGCAGUACAACAUCAGUACCAGUAUCCCGGCUUGACAGCAGCAGUGGAAGACUGGCCAUUUCAAGGCGUGGAUAUGGCCUUUUUCGAUAGCCUAAUUAAUCGGCACGAGGAGAGAAGUGUGAAUAUCGACGGCCCUGACUUUACGGCAGAAUGGGAGUCGCCAUUGUAG